AACACGAUGAAGGAGGUCAUGAGAACUGACCCAGUCCUCAUCACUCAUUUAAUGCCAUUGCCUGGUUUUCAAUCCUGAAAUAAAUUGUGGUUGAAAACAGAGAUGAAACGCCUAAUUGCCCUUCCCAUUCUUCUUUUCUUCUCCUGUUUCACUUCUUCCUUCACAACAUCCUUGGCAGCAGAUACCAUAGCUGCAAACCAGAACAUCACUGAUGGGAAGACCAUUGUAUCAAGUGGUGGAAACUACGAAAUGGGGUUUUUCAGCCCUGGAAAUUCCACCAAAAGAUACUUUGGAAUAUGGUACAACAAGAUAUCUAAGGGAAGAGUCGUUUGGGUUGCCAACAGAGAAACACCAAUCGCUGAUAAAUCUGGAGUUUUCAAGGUCGAUGAAAGGGGAAUUCUCAUGCUUUACAAUCAGAACAACAGUGCCAUUUGGUCUUCCAACUCAUCAAGGCAAGCGCGAAACCCGGUUGCGCAGCUUCUGGAAACAGGAAAUCUUGUUGUCAGAAACGUAGAUGAUAAUAGCCAGGAAAAUAUCUUCUGGCAAAGUUUCCAUCAUCCUGGCAAUACGUUUCUACCAGGAAUGAAAGUUGGGCGUAUAGCUCCAGGCUUGGACGUGAUCAUAUCAUCGUGGAAGAGCGCCGAUGAUCCUUCUCCAGGCGACUAUGUUUUUGAGGUUGACCCCAAGCGUUUAGAGUUGGUUGUCAAUGAUAAUUCAGAUUUGAAGUCUCGUUCAGGGCCGUGGAAUGGCAUCGGGUUUAGCGGUCUGCCUUAUUUGAAACCAGAUCCCAUUUAUAACUAUACCUUUGUGUUCAAUGACGAGAUAGCAUACUUCACUUAUGAUCUGUUUAACAUUUCUGUUAUUACAACGCUGGUUUUGUAUGAAGAUGGUGUCAUGAAUCGGCUUACUUGGAUAGAUCGAACUAAUAAUUGGAUUGUGUACGCCAGCGCACCGGCAGACAACUGCGAUAAUUAUAAUUUAUGUGGUGCUUAUGGAAGGUGCAACAUCGGCACUUCUCCUGCCUGCAGUUGUUUGAACAGAUUCGUGCCGAAAAACCAAGCACAAUGGCAAAGGGCAGACUGGUCUGGUGGAUGCAUUCGAAGGACGCCAUUGGAUUGCAAGAUUGGAGAUGGAUUCAUCAAGUAUUCCAACGUUAAACUGCCUCAAGGGAAUAAUUGGAUGGUUAAUGUAAGCAUGACCACGGAGGAAUGCAGGGCAGAAUGCUUGAAGAAUUGUUCUUGCAUGGCUUAUGCCAAUUCAGAUUUAAGAGGGAAAGGAAGUGGAUGCUUUCUCUGGUUUGAUCAAGACCUGAUUGAUAUCAGACAGUAUACAGAUGAUGGGCAGGAUCUUUACAUUAGGAUGGCCGCUUCUGAAGCAGCCGCUGCAAAUCAAGAUCAAGGGGGCUCCGAAGGAAAUAAAAAAGUUGGUGUUAUAGUGGGCUCAAUAUUGGCAUCACUGUUCGUCAUAUGCAUGGGCAUAUGCUUGUUCAUACGGAAGAAAAAGAAGCAGCGAAAGAGAGAUGCUACCAGUCAUGGUAGGUCAAGGAUGGAACAGAUUCCAGAAAAUAGCUUCUCCAUAACUUACCAGGAGGAAGAUCUUGAUCUACCACACUAUGACUUCACUACAUUAGCUAAAGCUACCAAUGACUUCUCAUUCAACAAUUUUCUUGGGGAGGGUGGGUAUGGACCUGUCUAUAAGGGAGUGUUUAACGAUGGACAAGAAAUAGCUGUGAAGAGGCUUUCCAAGGAAUCCAGACAAGGGCUUGACGAGUUCAUGAAUGAAGUUAAAUGCAUUGCGCAACUUCAGCACCGAAACCUUGUAAAGCUUCUAGGAUAUUGCAUUCAACGAGAUGAAAAGAUUUUGAUCUAUGAAUACAUGCCCAAGAAAAGCUUAGACUUCUACAUAAAUGAUCAAAAGCAAAGCAAGUUACUGAAUUGGCCUAAGAGGUUACAUAUCAUCAAUGGCAUUUCGAGAGGACUACUUUAUCUUCAUCAAGACUCAAGAUUAAGAAUUAUUCAUAGAGACCUUAAACCUAGCAACAUCUUAUUAGAUGACGAGAUGAAUCCAAAAAUCUCAGACUUUGGCAUGGCUAGAAGUUUCGGAGGAAAUGAAACAGGAGCAAAUACAAAAAGAGUAGUGGGAACAUAUGGAUACAUGUCACCGGAGUAUGCCAUUGAUGGUCUAUUCUCGAUAAAAUCCGACGUAUUUAGCUUUGGUGUCUUGGUGUUAGAGAUUGUAAGUGGGAAGAGAAACAGAGGGUUUAACCAUCCAGGACAUCAACUCAACCUUCUUGGUCAUGCAUGGAAACUGUUCAAAGAGGGAAGACCCUUGGAGCUGAUAGAUAAUUUAAUAGUGGAAACCUGCGAUCUAACUGAAGUGAUGAGGUCAAUCCAUGUGGGUCUAUUAUGUGUUCAACACUCUCCGGAAGAUAGGCCAAGCAUGUCAACAGUGGUUCUAAUGUUAAGCGGUGAAGGGACAUUGCCUCAACCGAAAGAGCCUGGCUUUUUCACUGAAAGAAAGUUGAUUGAUGCAAGUUCUUCCUCAAGCAAGCCAGAAUCGUGUUCUGUCAAUGAAGUUACUAUCACAUUGAUUGAUGCUAGGUAAAAUUAACGAAAUGAUUUUUUUCAAGAGUGAAAUCAGGAUCACGGUUGGCAGGCAAAUGUAUCCAUCACCUUUCCCAGGCUGAAGUUCUUGAGGAGUUACAAGAGAAAGAAACGAUAAAUUACAUUUGAUUUGUAUAAGCAUUCCGAAUGUAGAAUUUUUUAUUUUUUUUUAGCGAGUGCAGUUGUUAUCAAAAAGUAUUUAGUGGCGUGUACAUGUAUAUAAAAAUGAAACUCUUGAUUUAUAUUUUUACCGAUAUUCAUAUUUUUCUAAA